GUUUGCUUUGGUGAAACAGUCCCUGCUCGGGUCUCCAGAUAAGUCACAUAAAAUUUGGGCAGAAAAACUUACAGGGGCUGGUUUGCCUUGUCAGCCGAGGGAUCGCGGUCGGGAUGGCCGCUCUGAACGGAAAGCCGGGGCAGCGAUGCAGCGUGGCGGAAUGGGAGAGCAGCAACAGGCUCAUGUCUAACACGGCUGCCCAGAGCCGACUGGCAUCUCAGCGGAUCCGACAGGAAGGAAGAGCUCUGCGGGAUGAGACAGCUAAUAAGACUCAGUGGGACAAGAGUGACAGCAGUCGCAGGCUGAGUGAGAGGAUCCAGGAGGUGUCCAACUGGAAGGGCAGAUUGGAGUCAUGUGCACAGGAUGUAGACCAGGAGAUCAAGGUGCUUACAAAGAUUAAGGAGGAAGCAGAACAGGCCCUAUCUGCCACAGUGGUGCCCCUGGAGGUGAGCACAGAGUGCCUGACCAUCAGGGAGCGACGGCGGGGCAGGGAGCUCCUCAUCGAUCCUGUGGAGGCCGAGCUGAGGAAGGAGGUGGAGGUGAUCGGCAGGGCGCAGCGGAGCCUGCAGCAGAGAAUCAAGAAGGCCUUCCAGCGGCUGUGGUCCACGACUCCCCAGCAGUGGGAGCAGUUCAGCCGGUACAAUGUGAGCCGGGCAGAGAAGGAGAUGUUGGCCUCUCUGCAGCUGAGGGAGGAUAUAAUUCUGACCAUUGCCCAGGUUCAGAAUGAACUCCAGGCCCAGUACAUCUCCACCAAUUUUGCUCUGCGCAAACAGGCUCACCAUCUGCAGCAGGCGUACGACGGGUUGCUCUGGCAACAAAAGACUACCAAGGAAGAGAUUGCCGAGCUAGAGCGUGACAUCUGUGGGCUGGAAGAAGAUCUUCGGGCAAAAGAAGCUCCUCUGAAGUUGGUCCAUACUCGCUUGGAGAACAGAACCAUGAGACCAGGGGUUGACCUCUGCCAGGACCAGGUGCAGUGCGGGCUGCUGGAUGAGGCUAAACAGCUCGAUGGCACUGUCACAUCUCUGAAGCAAAAACUUUCCCAAGCCCAGCACUCCCUGCAGAUUCUGAAGCAGCAUGAAGCCUGUAUGGAGGAGGACCUUUCUUGUAAGUCGGACGCCCUCUCACUGGAGCAGCAGAGCUUGGAAACUAGAAAACACCUGGCAAACGUGAGCCGGGACCAGCUGGCCUCUGGCACCGUCACCUCGCUCACCAAGUCCACCAGGGAUGGAGAGCUGCAGCCCUGAUCCUCUUCCUUUAAUUCUGUUCACUUUAUACCCUUCUUAUCCUAGGAUUUGAAGUCAAAUUGUAAGAGUAAAUAUGUACCGUCGAUCUACUAGAUUGCUAAAUACGGUGGUAAGAUGAGUUUAAAUUUUGUUCAGAAUAAAGAAAUCAAACCUUUUCUGAAAACAUAUAAUUGUUAAAUGUGUGGAAGUUUAGUAAACGAUUGAGGUACUUUGGGAGAAUGUAGGUAUUAUAGUACAGAGGACAGAAUGGGAUUACUCUUUGAGACUAUUUUGCUGUUUGCAGUACUACUUUUAAAACCACCUGUUAUUAAAGGGUUAAGAGAGGGAAAAAAUUUUGAUUGCAGAAUGGAAAUGUUUAUUAGGAUGUAGAGAGAGAUAACCUGCAAUAAGCACUUAUCUGGAUGGGAUUUUAUUGGUAAUAAACCA